ACAUGGACAUUACAUUUUCAUCAACAUCUGCUCCUGAUGAUACUGAGGUUGGAAAUGUUUUGGUGGGAGCAGUUUCAAACAUCUCAGCCUUCAGCGUUGACACAACCUCCAUUUCUGUAACAACUGCAGCACCUACAACAACUACAGUGCCUACAACAACUGCCACUCCGACAGCAACUCUGGCACCUACAACAACUUCAGCACCUACAUCAACAAGUCAUUUACCCACAACAACUCCAGUGCCAAAAACAACAACUGCAGCACUUACAAUAACUCCGGCACCCACAACAAGUCCAGCACCUACAUCAACUCUGGCACCCACAACAACUCCGGCACCUACAUCAACUCUGGCACCCACAACAACUCCGGCACCUACAUCAACUCCCGCACAAACAAGUCCUUUACCCACAACAACUCCAGUGCCAACAACAACUGCUACUCUGACAUCAACUCUGGCACCUACAACAACUCCGGCACCUACAUCAACUCCCGCACAAACAAGUCCUUUACCCACAACAACUCCAGUGCCAACAACAACUGCUACUCUGACAGCAACUCUGGCACCUACAACAAGUCCAGCACCUACAUCAACUCUGGCAACCACAUUAGCUCCCACACCUUCAACAACUCACACACCUACAUCAACUUUGUCACCUACAACAACUCCUAAAACGACAACAACCAGGGCACCUACAAUAACUCUGAAUCCCACAACAACUCCCUCAGCGACAAGAACUAAGGCACCCACAACAACUCAUACACUGACAACAACUCUGGUACUUACAACAACUCCUGAGCAGAUGAAAACUCCUGCACCCACAACAACUCUUGAGCCGACAACAACUACGGCAGCAACAUCAACUCCAGCAACGACAACAACUGCAGCGGUGAUAACAUCUGCAGCGGUGACAACAACAGUGUAUCCUACAACAACUGCCACACCAACAACAACUCCGGUACUAACAACAACUCCUGCGCCGACAACAACACUGUCAUCUACAACAAUUCCCGUGCCAACAACUACAGUGCCUACAUCAACUCCAGCACAGACAACAACUCCGGCACCCACAACAACUCCCUCAGCGACAACAACUGAGGCUCCCACAGCAACUCCCACACCGACAACCACUCUGGUGCCUUCAACAAUUCCCAUGCCGACAACAACUUCUGCCGCGAUGACAACAACGACAAUACCUGCAAAAACUCCAGCACAGACAAUAACUUCCGCACCGACAACAACCCUGGUACCCACAACAACUGUUGUGCCGACAACAACCCUGGCACACAUUACAACUCUUGAGCAGACAACUACUCCUGCACCGACAAUAACUCCGGCACCUAUGACAACUCUCGAGCUGAUAUCAACUAGUGCGCCAACAACAAAUGCCACACCGACAACAAAUGCCACACCGACAACAAAUGCCACACCUAUAACAACUCCCGCUCCAACAACAACUCCAGCGUCGACAACAUCUUUUGUAGCUCCCCCAACAGUUGUGAUCCUCUCAACAAACUUGGAUGAACUAUUUUUAGAGGAACACAAUAACAGAAGCAGCCCGCAAUUCAUUGAGCUUGAGCGAAGAGUCAUAGAAGUGUAUAAUUUCAUCUUCACUCUUGAAUAUGGCGAUCUUUUCAACCACUCUUUUGUUGUUCAGUUCAGCCAAGCUUCAAACCGAACACGAGCGGGUCAAACUAAUGCAAAGGUCGGGGUUGUGUUUGCUAAAACUAAUUCGACUCAAGAAAUCCCUCAGGCUGCAGAUGUUGCAAAAAUCUUAGUAGCCGCUGUGUCGAACCCAAACAGUACCUUCAACAUCACUCUUGAUGCCGCUUCCAUCACUGUACAUCAAACAACUACAUUAAAUUUCACAACUGCAUCCCCCACCAUUGCUGCAACUACAGCUGCCAGAGUUGCAACGACAGCCGACAGUGUUGCAACUACAGCUGCCAGUGUUGCAACUACAGCCGCCAGUGUUGCAACUACAUCUGCCAGUGCUGCAACUACAGCUGCCAGUGUUGCAACUACAUCUGCCAGUGUUGCAACUACAGCUGCCGAUGUUGCAACUACAGCUAAGAGUGCUACAACUACAGUUACCACUACAACUGCUGAAGCAGUCACAACAGCACAAUUGACUUUCAGAUCUCCAGCAGAAACAUUUACAAGUGACUUGUUGAAUCCAUCAUCUGCAGCGUUUCAAACGCGAGCCGCAUUGCUUGAGUCAACACUUGGACCUUUCUAUAAAGAAGCUUUUUCUUCAUUCCGCACCAUCACGGUGAAUUCAUUCAGUAAUGGAUCAAUCAUCCAAAUCAUUGGCCUUGGAUUUUCAUCAACAUCUGCUCCUAAUGGUACUCAGAUUGGAAAUGUUUUGGUCGGAGCAGCUUCAAACAUCACAGCCUUCAGCAUUGACAUCAACUCCAUUUCUGUGGAUGGGACACAUGUUUCAAGUGGAGAAAGCCACAAGAUCAGUCUCACCACCGCAUCCUUCCUUGUGCUGAUGUCAUGGAUCCUCUCAAGCCAACAAUAGCAUCAUUGCUGAAUACCAUUUGAAAUGCCAUUAUUGCAUGACUGCCAUCACUGGCAUGACAAAUGACUUCUUGAUUCUUGUUAAAGAAGCCUUCUAUAGCUUCAGAUACAAUUACAAUAUAAUUGUAUUUUGCAAUGACUUACCAUAUGUAUGACACUGGAUUAGGUUGAUGUUAAUCUGAACAUGUUUCUGGGUGGGAAUGUCCAGGAUCCUUCACUGAGCAGAAUGACACAACAAGACUACCAUUAAGCCCUGAGAUGUAAAAAAAAAAGUGCUCUAGCAAUAUUUAAUUGAAUGACAGUGACACAUGUUUUCUCAUUUGUCACGUCAAAACGUAAACGAAUACAGGUGGCCAAGUGUAAUCAGUUAAAUCAUGCUCAACAUCAUAUUGGAGAGCAUAUUGUAAAGGGAACAUGUGUCUCAAGUUAAUUAAAGGAACAACACUGCAGCUCAUCAUGAGUCGUGUAACCAACCAUGAACCAAAUAGGCCUAGAGUUAUAUUAUCAUUAUAUACAUGGUCAACACAUUGCACUGUCAAUUAGUUUUAUUUAUUCAAGAUGUAUUUAUAUAUUCAUGUAUAGCUGUAUUCUGUGAUUUCUAAAUGUUUGUAGAAUAUUUGUCAGAAACUUUACAAUGAUCAGAAUAAAAAGUCUUUGAAGAA